UAAAUACCUUCUACUCUGAUAGCUGGCUUACUUUUUUGUUUAUUUGAAACAUGGUUAUAGUUUAAUAAAGGCGUGAUUUUAAAAUGGACUCGGGACCUCAAGCUUUUGGUCUUGGACGAGUUUCUGGUCAAGUAGAUUUUCAGCAAUUUUUAAAGUCGAGGCCAGUACUAAUACUCUUAUUAUGCUUGAAAUUCAGCAUUAUCGCAUAUUUUUGUAUAUCUCCCGGAUCGAAAAUUACAAAUAAAUAUAAUCAAGAAAUAUGUAUUUAUAGUGAAAACAAAGAGAGCACUUGUUAUGUAGGUAUGCAAGUCACCCUUUUGGGAAUAGUCGAAGCUAUCGUAUUCUUAUGCGCCGAAUAUUUUAUGUGGAAAUCAUCAUCAGUUAAGCAUCGCAGAAGAAUAAUUAGAGCUGGAUUAGGCAUAGGAGGUGUCGAAUGCUUUUUCUGCUUCAUAGCAUUUUUGUAUAUUUUCUUCACGUGGGUAGGAACCCCGGUGCCCAAUAAUGUGAGCACAGCAAAUGCAAACUUCGCUAUUUUGUUUAUAUUCUUGGAUAUAUUCGCGUGGGGAUAUUUCACAUUAUUGGAAUAUCAACGUUUAGAAAAAGGAGUCGAUCCGGAAUUCAUGGGCUCAUUUGGGACUGAAGAUGCUGCACAAUUUAGUACCUACGCUGCCGAAGAAAAUGAAUAUCAAGAUCCAAACAUUCCAAAAUAAAAUGGUUGUUCAUCAUGCUUGUUAGGAUAAAAGCUGCACAAUUUUUUGGUUAGUUGAUUUAUUAUACCGGAAUUAUCGCUUCAAUUCGAGGCUUCAAUUAAUAAAUUAUUAUGCUUAAUCGUCGAGAUUUUGAAGAAAGAAAAGAAAUUGAAAUUAGCUAUACUGUCCUAUUAUUUGUAGGUUGUUUCCUCAUUAUCUUCCUUAUAAUUCAACUUUUCUUGAAAGUUAGAAAAGCUGAUACUAUCCUCAUCUAUAUAAGUAAGGUACCUACCUACUUACCUAUAUAUUUUGUAAAAACUUGCAACGAUAUGUACCUAUAUCAAUUAAUUUUUUUUUCAAAUUAUCUUUUUAUUACCUAACUUGUAACUUAAUCAAAUUCUCAAAAUUUGAAAAAGUUUUUUCCCAUCGUGUUUUCUUACUUUUAUCCAUUUCGAUGAAAUUCAGAACUAAGAUCUCCGCAUCUUUAGAUAAUAAAAAAUGGAAACUUUAUCCAAAAUUUUUCCAUUUUAAAAUAAUUCAGUUUAUCGUGUUUUUUGCCAUUUCAAAUAUCUACCUACCUAAUUAUAUGUAUCAUUUUUAAUUUAUUUAUCCUACCGCUAUUUUAAAGCAAAUAUCUACAAUGAUUACCAUGUACCAUACAAGUAUAUUAUUAAGCCAAGGGGGAGGGGUCAAAUUUUUGUAUACCUGCUGUAAUUUGUGCCUCUGUGCCUUAUUUAUUCAAAAAUUUCCUUUGUAUCGAAAGGAGCUUUUUAGAAAUUUGCGCAUUUAGAAAGGUAAGUAGGAAAUGGUUUUGAAUACGUUUUGUCUCGCCAUCAACAAAUAUCCUGUUUACGAGUUUCAUUUUUUAUCAAAAAUAAUUAUUUUUAAUGUUUUUUUUCCUGUUUUUUUUUUGUUAUUCUGUUUAUCAUUUUUUGUGUUUCUUCAUUUCUAAGUUUUUUUGUUGCUGUUUUUUGUAUAAAAUCUACAUUAUCAUUAUUGUUACAAAAAUUAUUUUCUUAUAGAAUUACUGUACUUUAACAUACCUACGGAAGCGAAAGUGAUAAUCGUAAUAUAGUUAGAUUUUUAAUUUAAAAUAUCGUUGUAGUCAUUUUUUCCAAGUGUUCAGAAUAACGAGACAGUUUUUAUUUGUUAAAAUCAGAUUACGUAUUAAUAUAGGUAAUUUGAAAGUCUGCUUGGAUUAUAUUUUAUGUAUGCUUUUCAUUAUAUAUGUCGAACCUGUUUUGUCGAA